CGGAAGUGACCGCGAAGGUGGCGCAGCAGCGGGCAUAAACAGGAUAAACAUGGCUCGCAGCUUUCUGUGCAGAGCCGUCGGUGUGCUUCAGCUCAGCAGGAGGGCAGCUCUGCUGUCCGGCGCUCGUUUUUACUCCCAGAGUGAAGCGGAGCCGCUGACCGUCAGACACCAAACCAGCGGAAUAAGGAGAAUAAUACUGAACAAUCCUAAGAAGAGGAAUGCUCUGUCUCUGUCCAUGCUCGAGUCCCUCAGAGAGAACAUCUUAGCUGACAUUGACAGCGAGGAUCUCAGAGUUAUCAUCAUAUCAGCCAAAGGUUCGGUGUUUUCCUCUGGGCACGACCUGAAGGAGCUGACGCCUGCUCAGGGUCAAGAAUAUCACGCAAAGGUGUUUAACACCUGUUCAGAGGUGAUGACUCUGAUACAAGACAUACCUGUUCCAGUAAUCGCCAUGGUGAACGGUGUUGCCACAGCAGCAGGUUGCCAGCUUGUUGCCAGUUGUGACAUCGCUGUCGUGACGGAGAAGUCCACCUUCGCUACUCCGGGUGUCAACGUGGGCCUGUUCUGCUCGACGCCGGCGGUGGCCAUCGGCAGAGCGGUGCCGAGGAAGGUUGCAAUGGAGAUGCUGUUCACAGGAACCCCCAUCUCAGCCCAUGAUGCUUUGCUGCAUGGUCUGGUCAGCAAAGUGGUGCCGGAGGAGCGUUUGGAAGAGGAGACAUUAGCUAUCGCCCAGCGGGUCUGUCAAACUAGCCGACCUGUCGUAGCCCUCGGCAAGGCCACUUUCCAAAGACAAAUGGCUCAAGGUCGUGAUGCAGCGUAUGCCACCGCCUCAAAAGUGAUGGUUGAUAACCUGGCUCUGAGAGACGGGCAGGAGGGGAUCCGCGCCUUCAUAGAGAAACGCAAACCAGUGUGGAGCCAUAGAGCAGAAAAAGCCCAUGAUUGACAGACUUUAUCAAAUUAUGCAGUGAUUAUGUUGGCUGGAACGUGAUUUGCAGUCGCUGGUGUAGCUUAAUUAGUGCCACUGGAGUAAUUAGCACCAGCCGCCAGUGAAAGUAUGGGGCUGUUAGUAAAAUCCAUUGUUGACUUCCUCCUUUUCACUGUAGCUGUAGAUGAGCCAUUGUGUGCCUUAAAAGAUGUUGUGAGAGCAUUGAGAAGGAACUACACUGCCACCCUCCAGAGCAAAGAUGAGCCAUAACAGACUUGUCAUGCUCAAUAAUGCUUUCAGUCCAGUUUUAGUUGCAUUAAAUAAGGUUAAGAAUGGGACGGAGAAUCUUAGUGUUGAGCUAAGGAUGUAUGAAGUGUGCUUUUUGAUUUGUGAUUUGUGAUGGAAUAAAUGGAAGAUAAUAAA